AUGAGUGAGCUCACUCCUGAUGAGAUUCGGAGAAGAAGGUUGGCUCGUUUAGGCGGUGGGAGCCAGCCCUCAACUCCACAGAGUUCUGGUAAUAAUGAUGCAAGCUCAUCCACUGCUGGUCCUUCCACUGGACCCCCUACUACUCCUCUUUCAUCUCGAAAUCCACCAAGUAGUUUAGAAAUCGAGUCCCAGACGUCCAGUAUGGAAACAGAUGGACCUAGUUCUAGCUUAGAUACAGUCGUCAUGGAAUCACAACCUCAAUCUUCUAGUCAAACUAUGGAAUUAGAUUCCGAAUGUAUGGAGAAAAGUAGUCAGCCAAGUCAGAUGGACGUAGAUUCAGGAAUAGAAAACAUGGAAACAGAGGAGAGUGAUUCAAGACCUGAAGCAAAACGUCACAGGGAUACUAGUUAUGGAUCAGAAGCAACCGAAGACCAGAUGUUGAAUGCUGUGAGUCGUAUAUUCGUGGUGUCCUGGAAAGAAGAGUCUACCAGUGAUACGUUACAUCUUCCAGACAUCUCAUCCUGUAUCCAACAACAACAAGGAUGUGUCAAUUUCCGAAAUGUUAUAAACCAGAUAUUGAUGGAAGUUUUAAUGAAGAUACAAGAUGGUUCUGAAAAUCCCUUGUUGACCUUACGACCUGUGACCCCGGUCGUGUCACCGAUGAAAAACUACAGUGGUAGCCCCAGAAGUAUAAGUCCAAUGCAGCUGACCCCCGACGUACCGAAACGAGAGUUUAUAUCCCGAUGUGAGCCAUUAGUAUGUAAAGAAGUAGAUAUGAUUAAUUAUUUAUUAGAUUCGUAUGAACGUGUCAGUAUAGAAGAACGUACAGCUCCUAAGAGAACUAGUAUACCACCAAUGAGUGAAGUGUUAUCUAUAGCUAGAAAUCAGUGUAUUCUACUAACAUCAUUAGUAUUACAAGGUACUUUUACUGAACAAAGAUCUCAAAUUAUUGGAACAUCACAUCUCCUGCCAUAUUUAAUGUCUCACAACCUACCUCGUGGAUUCCUACCAGAACUCGUUCAAACUGUCUGUGUCGAGGGAGAAGGCUUCUCUAGGGUAUUUAGUCCAUUACUACAGUCAUUACACCGUAUGAUGCAGACUGUUUAUUUAGAUACUGAUGAUUAUCGAGAACCCCUGGCUAUCCUGGCAGAAUUAUGUGAGAUCAAAUCAGGCAAUUCCAGGCCUAUUUGUAAAUUGAUAACACAACAGAGUAAUUGGAACUAUGCUCCGGUAUCUAAAGCAACUGGGUUAGAAGUAGAGAAAUUGUCAUUCCUCGGCCCGUUCCUGGCUCUUUCAGUAUUUGCUGAAGAUAAUAUUAAGGUAGUAGAGAAGUUUUUUGCUGGUCCACCCCAGAUGUUACGAGCAGACACACUGAACGUAGCUUAUCAAUCAUUACGACAUAAACUGGAGUACGCUAGAACAGAACUACAUAAAAUAAUACAUGCUAUGUUGGUGAAUAUUGAUACGAGAGAUUCAGCUUUACAAUACUUGGCUUCAGCUUUACAGAGAAACUCUACUCGAUCUCAGUUACAGGUUGAUGAGAAACUGGUAGCUGGUGAUGGUUUCAUGUUAAAUCUUCUCUCCAUAUUACAAAAAUUAUCUUUUAAAAUAGUCAUCAAUAAGGUCGACACAUUUUAUCCAUUCCAUCCCAACAGUUUAAUGGAUUUCUCCACAGAAACCUGUUUUAACUGCUCCACAGAAGAUCUGAGCUCAUGGAAAAACUCCCUCAAAGAACAGACGCCUCCUCCAUGGCAAGAACCAAAAUUCCCUACCAUGUGUUUCUUUAUGACAAUAUACUGUCAUCACCUGUCAAUCAUACCUAUCAUUGUUAAAUAUCUACGACGUAUUCGUUUCGUUCGACAACUGUCACACAAUAUAGAGGAACUAGAAAGAUUAAAAUCUCAGUGGGAGAAAACACAGGCAGCUAGACGGAACCAAAUAUUGCUCAAAACCUGGAAGUCACAAAUGCAGCGUCUACAGAAGAGUAAGCUAUGCUGUGAUGCUGGAGUGUUAGAUUCGUUGAUGUUACAACGUUGUUUACAAUAUUAUUCUCAAGUAGCUCAUUAUCUUCUUAAUUUAGUCAAUCUGGAACCUAGUAAUAGUUCCAGAUUACCAAACCUAUCAGAAGUUUCCAUGCAGUUCCGAGCAUUACCAGAAUAUUCCUAG